UUUCUGUUGUUGUCCCGUUUUUGAAGCCCCGUGUCCUGGCAUCCUGCGCCCCAUCCACUCUCUUUUCUUCCUUUCCUUUCUUUGCCCUCCUUUUGACUCCGCGCGCUCCCUCCAGAGUGGGACCCCUUCCUCGUCGGCACAACUCCUCGUUGGCAUCAAGUCUUUUGGGAGCUCCGUAGAAACCAGAAACCAUGCUGACGUUUUUGGCGCUGGCGUCGGUUGUCCUCCUGGGAAUAGUGCCUGAGCAGUCCCAGGCCAUAGUGAUCUACACCGGCUGGGAGCGCCACGCCCUGGUGGGCUCCGACAUCCGGCUGUCCUGUUCCUUCUUCUCCUGGCGCUGGACCUCCGAGGACGUCACCUUCUCCUGGACGUACAGGCCUGAUGGCUCCCGGGACAGCAUCUCUAUCUUCCACUACACCGGUGGUGCUGCCUACGUUGACAACAAGGGCCCCUUCAGGGACCGGCUGGAGUUUGUGGGCAACCCGGGCCGCCGCGACGGCUCAAUCCUGCUCAAGAACCUGGACUUCAACGACAACGGCACCUUCACCUGCGACGCCAAGAACCCCCCUGACAUAGUGGGCCGGCCCUCCAGCGUUCGCCUGCUGGUUUUUGAGAAGGUACCCAUCCAGGCCGGCGUGAUCACGGGAGCCAUCAUCGGGGUGGUGCUGGGCCUGCUGGUGCUCAUUGUGGUCAUCUACUACCUGAUGAGGUUCCUGGUGGCGCGCCGCGUCUUCAGCCUCAGUGUCAGCAAACAUGGCAAGAAAAAGAAAGAGGGAUCACAGCAGAGACAGGGCCCCGCGCCUCCCGCCGACCCCUCCAAGAUAAAGGUCUGACUUCUCCAUGACUGCCUCCACUCCUCUAGUCUGCUCCCUCCUUUUCUGCUCAGCCUGAUGCAACCCCCAUUAUUUCCUAUUAUCUCCACUCUUUCCAGACAGCACUGGCUGUAAGAAUAGCCCUGCUAUAUCAGUGGCAUUGGCGUCGAAUACAUUUAAAAAAAAACGUCUCAUAGGAGACCCUAUAUGCACUCAUUGGGCAGCCUUUAAAAAACAGUUUCAAGGCCUAACUAUGCACAUAACAUCCUUAAGAGGAAACCCGAAAAGACCGUCCCACUGUGUUUAGAGUCCCCUGAAUCUCCCGCUUUAAUGUUUACGACUCAAUCACACACACUGAGCGGAGCUGCGAGCGCACUCUGGACUUCAGAUAGAGAGAAAAAAAAAAGAGAGAGACAGAGAAGCAGAGGAGAGGGAUAGCGGCAGAGAAAUAUGAUUCCUGCUCUCGGCCCAGCAGAGAUAGAGGUUCAAGCCCCCGGAGCUCGGGGUGAUUCAAUCCUCUCAACAUUUGAGCUAAUGGAGGUUGUCGCCCCGUGUCCCUGCCCCGGCUAAAGGGGGGCUAUUUCUGGCCCUAUAAGAACGUACAGGGCUUACUGUAACAGCUGCACAUUCUUCAGCCAUCUGGGGGGGGAAGGUGGGAGGGGGAAGAAGAGAGAGAGGCAAGUUUUUGUGCACGAGGGGGGGGGGCUGUCCGUUGUCGACUCGGCGGCCGGUGACUGACAACCUGGAAUGACGUCACGGCCACAGAGGGCGGUCAGGCGCGUUCAGGAGUCUGACAAAGGGGCUUAUGGGAAGAGGUGCAGCUUCUGUGCUCUCAGAGUUAUUUUAGGUCCGGUUAAUCCGCCUGCACGUUUCUCCUUGCCAACCCAAGGCUAAUUAUUAUAGCACGUGCCGGUGAAGGGAUAUCUCUCUCGACAUCUCUCUCUCUCUCUCUCUCUCUCUCUCUCUCUCUCUCUCUCUCUCUCCUCCUUCCUCUUGUUAUUCGCAUCUCUGGAUUCAUCUCCGAACUCCUCCUUCGUUCUCUCUGUCCUUACGUCUUUGCCUUUCUUCAUCUCUUUCCUCUUCCUGUCGUCGGGUGACUCUGAUCUGCAUUAUUCCCCACCACAGAAAAAAGGCCUCUACACAAUCCACUCCGCUCUUUAAGCCUCUCCUUAUCUGACUGCCAAGCCUACAGCACAAUGCUCUGACUCCUCUUUCCUCUCUUCAGUCCUUCCUCGUCCUUCUUCUUCUUCUUCUUCUUCUUCUUCUAUUUUUAAAACUCUUGAGUCGGACAUCUCCAAACCCCUCCCUCCGUAUUGCCCAAUGAUCGACGACUGCCAGCUCACUCGCCCUUCAAAACUCCACCACCCGCCAAAGGCAUGUCCCCUGCCGGCCCACCCGUCCCCCCCCUUCCCCCAAGCCAACCUUACUGUCUUGUUUCUGCUGGUCCGAAUGCCAAAAAAAAUGCUCUCCUCUGCCCCCUCCUGGCAAAGGAAGGCAAACAUAUUGGCAGAAAUUCGCCUUUAGUUCUCGCUAAAGACGCCAAACAGAAACUCAUAAUCUAGCUAGCUCUCUUCCGGUCGCAAAUACGACGUGUGUUUUAUGUAUAUGUGUGUUAAGUUAAGAGUGUUAAAAAAUUAGAUUUGAUAUAAGCAAAAACAGUGUCACCCUAAGUAAAGCAAAUAAUGUAUUUUGAAAUGUUUUACACAAGAAACAACAGGAAGAACAUGUUUUUUCCAAGGGAAGAAAAUGUAGUUGCGUUUCAUGAAAGAUGUGAUUAUGUUUCUGACCUCGUGUGUUAUGGAAGGUACUGUGUGGCUGUCGUUUCUGUUUCGAGCAGAAGGUAAAUCGAGGUUUUCCAUGCAGUGUUAGAAGAAGAAAGGAUUAAAGGUGAAUAAAGGUGGGGUUAGCCUCAGAUUCAGCGCGAUGUGGCUAGGGAGUGAAAACAAAAAAAAAAAGGCGAGGGGAGGAAGGUGCUUGCUGAAGGAGAAAGCUUUGGUGGAAGAGAGUUAUCUGACGUGUUAAGCCAAGCCAAAAAUCCAUAUGUAUCACCACUGAUAGAGCCGGCUCUUCCCCCAGAGCUUUCUCUAAGAGGUGCUCCUUCUCCAACCCUGAGCCAAAGAUGGAUUGUGAUCUGCGUGCUUGAUAUGCAGGGUGGAUAGCAUAGACUUGAAUGUUCCUUUAAAAUUCAUAACAGGAAUGGAGGUGCUAAAAAAAAAAAGAAAAAUCCAUGUUUAUAACUGGAGAUCUGUUUCACUAGUCGCUGUUUAACUAUCCAGUCAGAUGGAUUAGUUUGAAUGUUUUCUUCUUUUUCUGCAAAGCCACACAGACACCUGACAUAAGACAAACAGCACUAAAAAGCCUUUUAAAAGUGUUUUAUAUGUAUUAUGAACUGUGUUAGUCAUAGUUGCAAAAAUUAACCUUCCUUUAUUUCAAAUGACUGGAGCUUCUUACACAUUUUUUUUUUUUUUUUUUUUUUUUUUUUACAUUUCUUUUUAAUGCUUCUGAUAAAUCUAGAGCGCUAACAACUUUUGAUGACUCUGUAUAAUAUGUUGUAAAGAGACCAUAAAUAAAAAAAGCCCCAAGCGCAGCUGUUGUCAACAGAAGACAGUAAAGUAAACCCAGCUGAAAAUG